AUGUCUGUUGUGGCCGACCAGGUCCGUCGCUUGGACGCACAGCUGGAUCGGAUCCCUCUGGGUCUGAGUAUCUCUCAAGAAAACGGCGAGCUUGCUGCCUCGGAGCAUGGCAUCUUCAACUCCACCUCCGCCGACGCCCUGUCGUCGCCGAGGGUCGAUGAGCUGCUGCGCAUCGUGAGGGCCCUGUCCACCACCUCAUCUUCACGCUCCCUGCUGCAGUCACACAAGAUCCGCGCCCUGCUGACCCAGUCAAAACUGGCUGAAUGGGACUUUCUGGCCGAGUACAGCGAGGGUGAGGGACGGAAUCACUAUCAGUCAGAAAUCGAGUGGCUGCUCAUCAGCAAGGCCACCGUGCAAACUUACGGAGUCAUCCUCAACACACUCCUGGACCAGAUCAUUCCUCUCAGCGACGACAUCUGGUACUGGGACGAGGUGCUCAGCUCCUACACCUACAGCAGUCUCUACACCAUCCAGACGUCGCCGCUGCGUCUGUGGGCCUUGACAAAGGACGUUUACCAGGACAGCAAACACCGCUUCCAGCACCUCAGCCACUCGCCCGGCGAGUUCGUGGAGUCUACGCGGACAGGCCUGGCGCAGCAAUGGAGUCAGUUUUACGGCAUUGUGCGAGAGAGCAUCCGGGAAUCCUCCAUCACGACACUGCAGCGACGAGUCCUGUCGCCCGUUGCUCUCAGCCGAGGCGAGGCCAGGCGGAAGCUGGCUCACCUCAAACGGCUGCGCGAGAUGACGGCGAGCGGUCUGGGUGUCUUGGUUGACGAAGGCCUGACGUUUGGCGUGGAUGACGACGACGACAAGAGCGAGGCGGGGGUCAGCAGCCACGACUGGAAGGGCGUGGUGGAGAGGAGCGUUGCCCUCAUGGACAUGGUCCUCAAAGACGUCUUGAGCCUCGAGUCGGGCGUCGCCGAGUUUGAAGACAAGGUGUUUGCCGGCGUGGAGGAAGACCCGGAGCUGUCCAUCCAUAUUGAGGACGCCAACGCCGUGGAGAAGCCCUCUGUGCUCGCGAGACGUCUCCUGAACAUUCUCGACUCCGGCCUUCCCAACCACGUCGUUGCCACGCAAGAGCUCGUCCGCGGCAACGGCCGCCCCUCACGACUCAUCCGCUACUGGCUCCCCACGGGAAUUGCUCUGCUUUCUUCGACGACUGUGCUCCGGGUUCUGGUCAACAGGCGCGCCGAGAUAUUCGAUUGGAUCCGUGAUAUUGGCAUCACGGUAAAGGACUUUUGGUUCAACUGGGUCAUCGAGCCGGUGCGCAAGAUUGUCGGAACCAUCAGGCACGACUCCAACAGCGAGAUUGCCAUCAUGAGCCGCGACAGCCUGAAGGCCGACCGCGAGAGCCUGGAACGCAUGGUUGUGGACUUUGCUCUGGACAAGCCCCAUUUCGCGGGCGAAGGAUCGACCGCUCUCACGGACGCCCAGAUCGCCGACAUCAGGACCAAGGUCAGCGAGGGAGACGUCACGCCGGUCCUGCGCGCGUACGAGAAGGACCUCAGGAGCCCUUUUGUCGGCGCGGUCAAGGGCGACCUCGUUCGGUCGCUCCUGAUCCAGGUGCAGAAGACCAAGGUCGACCUGGAGGUGGCCAUUAGUGGAAUCGACGCUCUGCUGAAGAGCCAGGAACUCGUGUUCGGCUUCGUGGGACUGACCCCCGGCGUGCUCGUCUCCAUCGGCAUUGUGCAGUACCUCCGCGGCGUCUUCGGCGCUCGCAAGGGCGCACGGUACAGCCGCGAGGCCGGCAAGAGCAUCCGGGUGCUGCGCAACAUUGACCGCAUCUUCUCCGAGGCGACGCCGUCGCAGAACAACCUGCUGUCUUACAAGGAUCACGGCCUCCUGCUCUGCGAGGUGCACGUGCUGCGCAACCUGAUGGAGAGAGUGCUGCCCCGCGACAGGCAGCACGAGUUCCUCGAAGACCUGGACGACCUCGCGAACCUCAAGGGCAUCCAGGUGCAGGUCAGAGCAUUGGACCGGAUCCGCUGGGCGUAUGCCCGGUGGCUGCAGUAA